UGGUGUUUUGAUCCUGAAUGUGAGGUGUGAGAGCCUUUUUGUCAGUCUCUCAGGCCUGCUGGACUCUUGGUAGCCCCUGAGGCUGAGAUCCUGCAAAUUCUUGGUCUUAGGGAAGAGAAAUCAGGAUGUGAAUCUGCUCUGAAGGCAAAGAUCUCCAGAGCUUUCCCUGGAAGUCAGCUUCAGAGGAAGAAACAGCUGAACGGAUUUGAGGGAAAAGAGACAUGUGCUUGGAUGAUGGUGAGCAACUUGCAGUGAUACCCUUGGGAGAGUCCUCUUGAUGGUUUGACCUGAGGCUCCCUGAAUAUAAAACCCUGAGCAUCUACUGAGCUGGUCUAGUACUACUGAGAGAUGCUUUUGUGGGGAGGAUGAAGCCCAUCACUUGUGGAGACAGAAGUGCCCAGUGCUACUGGAGUAGAUCAUACAAGAAGAUGGUAUUGAAAACAGAGGAAAUCGAAGUCCCAUCGAGCUGAAGCAGACAGAGACAGAAAGGGGGAGGAGUCAAAAGAAAAAGCAGCAAAGAGGAAGAAAAUAAUUAGGCAAAGCUCUUUUGAAAUCCAGUUUGAAAAACAUCAUCUCUGCCUCCAGUUGUGCUUUGGACCUUGGGGCUUUGCAAAUCAUCUUAAAAGCUGUUUGGGAAGACAACUCCUGAGAUGAAGCUCUGAACUUUCAUGGACACAAAUGCCCAGAAACACAGAAGAGUGGCCUGAAACUGCUGGUUUGAAGACCAUAAGAAAUGGGUGACUGGAGUUUCUUGGGGAACAUUUUAGAGCAGGUGAACGAGCAAUCCACUGUCAUCGGGAGAGUUUGGCUCACAGUGCUCUUCAUUUUCCGUAUCCUGAUCCUGGGCACGGCUGCCGAGCUCGUGUGGGGAGAUGAGCAGUCAGACUUUGUGUGCAACACCCAGCAACCUGGUUGUGAGAACGUCUGCUACGAUGAGGCCUUCCCCAUCUCCCACAUCCGGCUCUGGGUCCUGCAGAUCAUUUUUGUAUCCACCCCUUCGCUAAUGUACUUCGGGCAUGCUGUGCACCACGUCCGCAUGGAGGAGAAGAGGAAAGAGAGGGAGGAAGCUGAGAGGCGCCAGCAAGCUGAGGUGGAUGAAGAGAAGCUGCCCCUGGCUCCAAACCAAAACAAAGGCAACAACCCUGAUGGAACCAAGAAGUUUCGCCUGGAAGGUACUCUCCUGAGAACGUACAUCUUCCACAUCAUUUUCAAAACCCUCUUUGAGGUGGGAUUCAUAGUAGGUCAGUACUUCCUGUAUGGCUUCCGAAUUCUCCCCCUUUACCGCUGCGGGCGGUGGCCCUGUCCCAAUCUUGUGGACUGUUUUGUCUCCAGGCCCACGGAGAAGACCAUCUUCAUUAUGUUCAUGCUGGUGGUGGCUUCCGUGUCCCUCUUCCUCAACCUGGUGGAAAUCAGUCAUUUGAUCUUGAAAAGAAUCCGGAGGGCUCUGAGGAGGCCGGCAGAGGAGCAGCUUGGAGAGGUCCCCGAGAAGCCCCUCCAUGCCAUCGCAGUCCCCUCCAUCCCAAAGGCCAAAGGCUACAAGCUGCUGGAAGAAGAGAAGCCGGUGUCCCACUAUUUCCCUCUCACAGAAGUAGGGGUUGAGCCCAGCCCCCUUCCAUCAGCCUACAAUGAGUUUGAGGAGAAGAUUGGGAUGGGACCACUGGAAGAUAUCUCCAGGGCAUUCGAUGAGAGGUUACCAUCGUAUGCGCAAGCAAAGGAACCAGAAGAGGAGAAGGUACGAGCAGAGGAGGAGGAACGAGAGGAGGAGCAGCCAGGGCCUCAGGAAGAGCCAGGGGUGAAGAAAGUAGAAGAGGAGGUGCUGAGAGAUGAAGUGGAAGGGCCUUCAGCACCUGCUGAACUUGCCACUGAUAUGAGACCCCUGAGCAGGUUAAGUAAAGCCAGCAGCCGGGCCAGGUCAGAUGAUUUGACUGUAUGAAGGUGCAGGAUGCGGGGAGCAAAUGAAAAGGAAAAGAUUGAAGAGAAAAGGAGAGAUAGAAUCAAAAGAUAUUUUUAAGCAAAGUGCUAAAAUGGCCACUUGAAUAUUAUUUCCUUUUAUGAAUCUCAACUGGAAAGGUACUACCAUGGUAACAGUGCCUUAUUUGCCCCAUACGUCCCUGUAUCUCCCUGUUUCCACAUGCCAGCUCACUCCUUACGGUACUAUCUACACUGUACACAUAACUGAUGUAUUUUAAAGCCUAAUAUGGCAGUGAUACCCAAAUGUCGCCACUGUGAUCAUAUUUACUGAAAGCCUUGUGUUCCACAUUUCUCUAGGAAUGUGGGGCAGAUCUGUCUUUCAGCCAGUGAGGGGAAAGACUGAUCAACAACUGUAUCUAGUCUUUCUCUUUCUGUUUCCUCCUAUGGCUCACUGAGCAGAUCUCCCCUUUGCUGUUGGCAUGGAAUUGCAGUUAUUUUAUUCACAAAGUGAAUUCUAUGCUUAGCAUCAACACACUAAAAUACUAAGCCAAACUUCCGUUCUUUAUUCAGAAAAUAAAGGCAAAAUGUUCCAAAUUUUUCUGUGAAUGCAUAUCUGAGUUAGGUAAAUAUAUUUUCCCUGGUCAAAAAUAUUUCUACUCUUCAAGCAAUAUUGACAGUGGGCAAGGUUAACAGUAGGUCUUUACUAGGACUUAGCAGAUACCCAGAGAUGGAUUAUUUGUUCCCAAGAGGGUCAUCCAGCCCUGAGACUAGUUCAGAAUACUGGAAAGAAUAAAUUCAAGUGAUAUUUUUUACUUGUAGCCUUGUGACUUAAAAAUUUGAAACUAGAUUUAGCCAAGCAAGAGGGAAAAAACCUUCUGAGAAAGGAAGGGACAGCUAUAGCCCCCAGAGCAUGAAGCCAAACACAAGCCUUCACGGUAUGGUCCUGACAAGUGUUCAGUUCCUGGAGCUUCCAGGCACUCAGCAAAUCUCAGGUACAGAGUCCUGAAGGCACCUGUGAACCUAAACCAGAGGUCUAAGUAACUAUGUGACUUUUUAAACUUCUAAAUACAAAAGUGGUUGGUCAAGUUUGAAAAGACUGAUAUGGUAAAAGUCUUGAUGGCCUUUGUUUUUAAUUUGACAGACAGGAGCCAUUCAGUGGGCUACUUCUCCAUUAAAUGCCAAAGUCUUGGUCAAGUAAGACAAUGCCUUUCAAAAGAUGACUUAGACCAUUUGUGCCAACAGGUCUGUACAGAAUUCUCAGAGACUCAAAAAUCUUUUUUUACAGAAGGCAGAAAAGUAUGUGCUUGCAAAUGUUUAGAUGUCUAAUAUAGAUUGCUAAUUUUAGGACUACAGCAGCAACUCUUGGCUGGGACAGUGCAGCAAUGAGUUCAAAAGCUUCAGGUUAACAGCUAUGUCCCCCCA